UAUACCAAAUUUAUUGGCAUAAUUCAAAAUAUUUCAGUCCAAGAGGUAAAAAUUUCAAAAUUUAAUUAUGACUCAUCUGUUAGAUUGGUUGGGGUUUAAUAAAAAUCUCACUUCAUGGUGCAUGGGAUAGGCGAAGCUUGCACCUGGUGCGCCACUGAUCUUGAAAUAUCGUUCGGUCGACCGAUCCAGAUCGUGUUCAGUCACGACGUUUUACAAUUACAAGCCCGAGACACCUGCAUUCGCGUUGCGGACGACAGAGAAAGACGAGGCCUCGGCUACGUGCCUUGACGGCUCCUUUUAGAGUAAUUACGUCGACCAUGACACAUACUCGGAAACGAUUAAUGCUGCAGGCAAAGUGCGUGUGCGUAGUAAGAAUUCACUCGUGCAUCCCGUAACUCGGAUGUUUAGCUACGUGUAUGCAUUACUGUUACUUAAGGUAUCUCAUUUUACGUCGUAAUAAUUUUCAAUCGUGAUUCGCAUUUCUAUAUUUUCAACUCAACUUUUAACAAUCGUCCCCGUUGUAGAGAAGGAAAAGGCAGCGACGCAGUCGGUCGCUGGUGCACCGUGUACUUUACGUAAUAACAGCACCUUAUUCCGUGCUCGAAUGGACGCCUUUAAAAAGCAUUAAUUGGUGAAAGUGACGCGCUCGCACCUGGCCCCGAGGAUAAACGAAGCCACGUUUUCGAAACCACGCGCAAAUAGGGAAAUGCCGAUGUGGGUGGCGAGUUCGAAAGCGGGAGAGUUCCGACCUCGUGCGAACAGCAAACAGCACCGUAUUCGUGUGGCGUUUAAUUAUUAAAGAAUGUGAAUUUAUUUGAAUGUCUUGUUGAUUCAUUGUUCAUGAAACGCCUGUUUCUUUUUAUUUUUUAAAUACUUCUAGAAGAGCUUCAGGAGGAUAAUAUAUCUUCGCGAGAAGUCCGAGACUCGCUCAUGAAAAAACCACAGGGUACUGCCAGGAAAAAUCGGGGAAACCUUGGAAUUUUCAGGAAAUUUAUUUUAUCUUUGAAAAUUGUGGAAUUAUAUUGAAAGUUGAGAAAAUUUUUAAUAUAUUACUUUCAAGUUUAAAUUUAAUCUUUCUUUUUCCGACAAAAUUAUUUCUUUUAUUCUUUUUAAUUUUUGAUAAUACAAAGUCGAUUCUUGACAAUCGAUUAGCAAUAAAUACAGCGUACACAUACAUGUACAAUUACAUACAUUCUCGCGUGAUUCGCGAAUUUUUAUUAAGAAAUCAAUAACAAUAAGAGACGGUACAUUGUUCUAAAUUGGCGUUGUGUUUCGUAUUCUUUUAUUUAAUGAGUUGCAUUAUUGGGGACAAAUCAUUAUAUGCUAUUCAGUUCAUAUUAUUUCUUUUUCUGAAAUUUAAUACAUUCUAAACUCAAGUAAGACUUUUCUCUGUAUAAUUAAUAAAAGAUACAAUAAAAUUAUUAAGGGCUAGUUGUUUCAACUUCUUGAUCAACUUACCUAUUAGGUAGAUAUGUCUGUUUUUAUUUAAGAAAAACAAAGAUAGACAUGCUAAAAGAUAUAAUAGAAUACAUUUGUUUUAACGUCGCAUUAAAAAAUUUUCUAAUUUUACUUAGAAUUUUAAAUAAAAUUCUUGGAAAAACCGGCAAUUUUUUACACACAAGAUUUACGUACACACCCUGGAACACGGGACUCGCGAGAGACGAGAGAGGAGGGAGACGUCACCGGGAGCAUGAGAUAGGUUGUCGCUGCGUUACACGUAUGUACUUUCAUGUACAGCACCUUACGACGACGUCCUUCGCCAAGAGGGUAACCCAAUACCCCGUGAGAAAAUGAUUCUGCCGUUGUUGUACGACAGCGGCGCAUUGUCUCGCGGCACAUUGUCGGAUGCUUUCUACGAAAGGAAACGCGCUCCGGCGCUUUCCACGCGAUCAGUGGUAGACCUCUUGCUCUCUCAGCCACUAGGUAACAGCCGUUUUUUUUUCUUCUUUUUUUUCGGGAAAGUACGGAAAGUUACGCGACUCGUCAAAGUAGUGAUAUGUAAAAUGGAACAAAAUCGUUCCGUUUUUCGCGGAAAUCUUCGCGACUACGCCAACAGUUAUUUUUAUCGGUGCACGUCAUCCGGAGGAAUUAUUUCUUUAAUUAAAUCGUUCUGCGUUAUGUUUCAAGCCUGCAGCCAUUGCUAUUUUGAACGUGCCUCCGUUACGCGACGUAUUGUAUUUAGUCUCGUUGCAUUCGCAGCGCGAAUUGCACUCUUACGGCUGGAGCUGUAAAUAUUCUUAAUUGCCGCUUCAUUGUCUCUUUGAGAGUACGAUUUCCCGAGCGAAAGUAAUUAUUCAUUCAGUAACACGCCACUUUUAAUUAAUAAGAUAUCCGACAAUACGAAAAUUCCCUGCCGAGCUAGAAUUAAAAAAAAAAAGAGUUCCUAACGCGUCGGAUUGUUACGCAGUUAAAACGGCAUUUAAAAUAUUGAUUCGCUGAAUAAAAUCUGCGCAAAAAUUGCAUUUCCGAAUAGUGAAAGAAACGCAAUUGUAUUUCGGUCGCUUAAAAGAAUAUCGAGAUAAUUAUUUCAGGAGGGGGAGAGCCGUCGUUCUUCUUUUGUCUCCCCUUGGGUCGAGACCCGGUUUCCGCGCGAGGGUGAGGGUCAAUCACGCUGGGGCCUCGGGGGACCGAAAGAGCCAAUAUCUCGAUUCGCCGUUGCGUGCGUGUUCGUACACGUGGGCGUUCGUGGGUACGAAACGCAGCUAGCGCACACAGCUGACUCACUCACUCUCGCUCGAGAGUGGCCGUCUCCUUCCCAAAGCCGCGGCGCGGGGCCGAUUCGCUCGCUUCGUAGUGUAGUGCCGGCCUCGGGACCGGCAGUUUCCCCGCUGUUGCUCGACGAAUGGACGGACACCCCGAGUCGAUUUAUAUCAUUCGCGAAUCGGUGAUCGAUGGUGACGUCGACCGCGGCGAAGGGAGUCGAGUUGGUCGGGCGGAAAAUUCGCUUCUGUUGGAAUUUUAAGGAAACUCAUGGUCUCCGAAAAAGGAGACGGAUUGUAGUGAAUAAUUGCAUACGGACGUAGAGUGCUGUUUAAUGCAUUCGCGGCGGAUGCGGAAUGCAAUUGCGGGUGUCUCGAGGAGUUGCCUUCUCAUGCGAACAAUCGUGUAAGUCGCGCGGAGAGUGACUCGUCAUCUCGGAAGUGCGUAUCGAUCCGCGAGAGAUUCUCGCCUCGUUAUCUCCCCGUACCCGGGAUCCACUACGCGGUUGUAGAACAAGUGCAAGUCAUGGAACGUCCGCCGCAAUAAUUGGCGCUAUAAUUUCUCCGUGGCCGACGCUACGCACACGGUGGAUCCAAUCGGACCGUGCGCGAGCACCGUCGGAAUUCCAUCGCUAUCGAGGACAGAUGCUGGACCCGCGCCAUCGCGGGAGAAUCGCGUUAUCGGGGAGGAAGGAUGCGACGUUGCUGCAUCCCCGACGCAGCUAUUCUCGACCGUUGCGUUCCGCUCACGUCUCGUUGAUUAUCAAUCAACCUGGAAAGAAGAAGACAUCGUGAAGCGGAGAGAACUCGACGGCGAAUAAAUAUCGCGCUUGCUAAUAACGUCGCGCCGCGAAGUCGGUCGCCGAAAUUAAAUUCUGCUCGCCGAAGUCGGACGCGCUCUCCCGGAAGUGAACGCUGCAUGCAUAGUUUCGCGUGGCAGAACUACGACGAGGCACCGGCGAGGACUCGCGGGGAUAUAUCGCAUUACGAAGUCACGACGGUUCACCUGGGAGAUAAAUCUCGAGACGAGGCUGAGAGCGUGAUGAAUCCAAGCGUCGCGAUUAAUUUAUCGCUUAUAACGCGGUCGGGAGUUUUCCUUAUUGAUCGGAUUGAAUUCGGAUGGGAAUCUUUCCGCGAUGAGAAGUAGAGCGGAAAAUUUUUCAUCAGCCAAAUUUUUCAUCUGAGAGACGUGAUGUGCUUUUCAAUUUGAAUCCUCACGACUCGGGGCCUCGAGGAGCGCGCACCGAGGAGAGCCUCGCGAGAAAACGGCGGCGGGAUUGUGUGGCGAGAAAAGGCGAGAAUGGCGAGCGAGGUGAUGCUGGCGCCCACGCCGGCGCCCGCGACGUCCAUACGGGAGAUGGACGACGUCAGGGAUAUGGUUAGAAGCGCGACCGUCACCACGAUUUACGCCAAACAACGUGCCUCCGUAAAAUGGCUCCUAUCGAAGGCAUACAACAAUCGAGUGCCAGAAAAACUCCGCGAUCCUUAUUAUCGUGAUCAUGAGGAACAAGAGCAUUUAAAACCACAGAUCGUUCAUGCGCUUUCCAAUGCGGAGCUCUAUUGCCUCGCGCUUGCCAACAUAUAUUCGGAUCCUAACUAUCACAAUCAGAACCACUACGGGAUCCUGCAAGCCCUAGCAAGGAAAGGCGUCUACGUCACGGAGCAGAACAAUACUCAGCUCACCGAAACGAUCCUCAUUCAAAAUUCACCACUCAAGAUGUCUGCGCAUAUGGCUGUGAUAGAAGGCCUGAUGGUCUUGUAUGCGAAAGAGGUGGUGACGGGGGAUCGGGUGGUCUCGGCGAUACGACGGUUCGAUCCCCAGGUUGAGGUGGACGUGCCGUCGGAUCACGAGAAGGGUCUUUUACUCUGGAUCAAUCACGCGUCGCACGCGUUAAUCGCUAAGAUUCAGAGCGAGGAAGGUGGUGGCGACAAGACGCGGUUGCUCGAGUUACCCGCCGCCAAAGACUUUCAGUCCCUGUGCGAUGGUGUCGGCCUGGCAGCUGUUAUCGCCUUUUACUGUCCUGGUGAGCUCAACUGGAUGGAGAUCAGGGUGUCGAAAAGACCCUCGGUAGCGGACGCGCUUCACAAUCUUUCUCUGGUGCACGCGUUUUGCAUCAAAUGUCUACCCUACUCGAUUUUCCACAUGCAGCCUGAGGACGUCACAUACAUGAGAGGAUCGAUGAAGCAAAACCUGGUAGUUUUUCUGGCUGAUAUGUAUAACGUCCUAGAGAUUCAUCCAGCGAAAUGCGUGCGCUAUCCUGGCGAGGAGCGGGUUAUGCAAUACCUAGAUGACUGCCCGCGCAAUAGUCAUGGCGUAGCUCAUAAGAGAAGCCUGCCACAGUCUAUAGCUCCGAUACCUGAUCUGAGAAGCAACCUCUCCAUAUCCGCGCCAGGUUUCACAGUUACGAAGUCAACACCAAGCAGCACUGUGAGAAAGUCGCAAUCUUUGCAACAAACUGCCGAGUGUCACUCGUAUGAUGACAGGCGCGCAGGUAGUGAGGAGAGUUUUGUAGUGCAUCGUGGCAAAGGCAUUCCCACGCUGAGUUCCGUAGCCGAUGAGAAGUCCUCAGCCAGAACUGAAGCCGCUGGUCGGCCGAGUAACUGGGAGGAACAACGACGGAGUUCCUAUGCCGGACGUCGGUCCAGACGGAACAGUAUCACGGAUGAUUCUCAGUUGACUAUCGAGAAUUUCGGCGGGUCUCAGGAUAAUUUACACAAUUUUGGUAGAAAUCCGGAUAAAGAGCUAGGCACGCACACUGGCAAGCGUAACACCGCCGCCGAGCCAACAUUGCCCGCGCGAUCCAGCGUCCAGGAUGCGUACAGUAGCGGCGUGCAACACAUAAUCGCGGACAAUGGUUACGGUGGCGGCGAGGAGUUUAGAUUGCGACGACAGGCGUCUAACAGCAGUCUGGACAAUAACGUCGCUCUUCGGCAAAUCUUACAUUCCAGCGCAGAGAAUGACAACGGUGCGGAUGGCGGUGGUGGUGGCGACACCCUCACCAAAUUCGCCAGUUUCGCGAACUUGAGCAGGCAGAGCUCUGAAAAGGGGAUCAAUUUCACGUAUACGGAACAAGACGACGCUAAAUUCAAUAGGAAACAUGGUCAGAGUAAUGGCAACGGGAACAACGAGAAGAAAACGACAUUUGCCACUUUGCCAAACACAACUACGUGGCAACAGCAGAGUAAUCAGCAGUCGCAGCAGAUGGAACAACAUUCUAUUGAUGAGAACGGCGGUAAUACCGUAAUGGCCUCGCAACUGAAUAAUAUACGGCUAAAGCUCGAAGAGAAGCGACGACACAUAGAGAACGAGAAGCGAAAGAUGGAAGUUGUUAUGUCGAAGCAGCGGCAAAAAGUGGGAAAGGCUGCCUUUCUACAAGCGGUCACGAAGCUAUACUUGAUGGGUAAGGUUAAAUCUCCUUCCUCGUCAACGUCCGGGGGGGACAGUCCGGCCGAGACAGUCGGUCCCCCCACUCCUGUAACCUCCGGAUCUUCCGGGGCGACCCCAACGAGUGUUUCCGAGGCGGCCCCUGUACCCCAACAACCCCUUCAAGAAAAACCACAGAGACCCUUCUCGCUCAAGGAAAUUAGUGAGGAUGUGCGGGACGUCGAGCACAAGUGGUUGGAGCACGAUGGUAAUGCACCAUUCAUCGAAACCAGACGCACUCCGGAUAUCGAAAAUAUGGAUCCCGAACAGUACCGUCAAUCCAUAACGCAAAUGAACAAUAGUCUGAGUGAGAUUCAAGCGGACAUUCAGCGUUUGGCGAGCCAGCAGAAUCAGAUUCAGCAACAGCACCUGAUGUCACAGCACCAGAAACAGAUGCAGCAGCAGCUUCAACAACUGCAGAGUCUUAGUCAACAGCACAUGCAGACUUAUGGAAUGCCACCAAUGAAUGCGUUAACGUCCAGAUUGCAAGAUCAACAGUCACAAUUUUACCUGCACGAUCAGCCGCAAGUACAGAGGAGAAUGUGGGGCCAGCCGGCACCUGCUCAAAGUCUAGCCAAUGAAAUGGCUGCGGUGGGCUACCAGCAAUCUUUGGAUUCGCGAUUUAGUCCUCAACCUGCUGCUUAUCAGCAGGACAUGCGCAUGUACGCGGAUCCAACGAGGACUUGGGCCGCAUCGCCUCCGACUCAAAAAGGAUUCGUUUUGCACGACACUCAGGAACCAAGGUACCUCAACGGGGAUCAUAGUCUGUGUAAUAAUCAAAUGAGCCACCCCGGUCCGACCAGCGUCUUUCCAACGUCUUCGUCGCUUUUUAACCAAACACAAGCCACAUCUGCUAGUCCGCAACAUCGUAACACCGUUCAUCGAAUAAGUCAGUUAAUUAACGAAAGUCCCGAACCCAAAAGAUCAACUGUACAUCACGUCUCGAUCUCAUGUGAAAGCCCAACGGAGAAAAGGCAAGCUACAGCGUUGCACACUUCAGUACCAGCACCGCCUGUCGAUGAUAUGAAGCCUCAAAAUAUAUCUUUUAUCGGUAAUGACGACGAUCUCGCGCAGGGUAUUCGCGGCUUGAACAUUACGUCGGGUAGUCGUACGUACAGAAUACCAUCGCCAACUAGACCUACAAUAUCACAGAAUUCUUUCCAACCUCAUCCGUCGUUGAGAGAGACGUCGCGUUCGGCUACUCCGGACGUUACGCCUCUUGAUUCUACAGAUACGAACGAGAAAGGAUUCUACAUCUCCUUUGACAAUGACGCUCCCAAGAAACCGAAACCGACCCUUAGAGUAAAAAGAACUUCUCCUAAAAAGGAACAAAACGUAUCACCCUACACCGAAUAUGAAAAGCUUACAAUGCGCCUAGAAUCAUCUCCUACUAGCGCGCUAGAAAGGCAGAAAGAAAUGGAAGCUCAGCGGGAAUUAGAACGGGAAAGAUUACGGCAAAUCGACGAGAGGGAACAGCAGAGAAGAGGGCAAGAAUUGAGGAAUCGGGAAAUGGAGAGGGAACGACAGAAACAGCGCGACAGCAACACAGAAGGCCGACACGCUUCCGGAGUUGGUUUGGUGAUUGGGAAUCAACUCGCGAAUCCUGAUCCGAAUUGUAUGGAUGAAAUGGAGAAAAAGAAAGAGCGGAUAAUGCUGAUGUCGCUGCAGAGAAGGCAAAGGCAGGAGGAAAUGAAGGAAAGAAAGGAAGUCGAAGCCCAAGCACGUAGGGAACAAGAAAAAUUGAAGGCGGAGGAAAGAGCUCGCAAGAAAGAGGAGGAACGGCAACGGCGUGCUGCAAUCUUGGAGCACCAUAAGGUGAAGAAAGCGAUAGAGGAAGCGGAAAGAGAAGGUAAGGUAAUUGACAAGGAGCUCCUGAAUGCAAUAAAUCCAGCAAAAUUACGUAACAAGACUGCAACCGCUCGACCGCGACCCAAAACGAUUCAUGGAGAUGCUGGCGCAGUAUUGGAUUCUGGGGCUCUUACACCUAGUCGCGGAAAGAAAGGUUCUUCUUCCAACUUAAGUACAGCGUCGCUGACCUCUCCGACGAUGAGGCGAGACUACUACCGAGGCUCGCAGGAUAGUCUCACUUCUGCCCAUCUCGAUGACCGACGUUGUUCCGGCCCUCUUUAUCGGGGCGGCAGUCUCAGGGUAUCUUCCGUAGAUUCGCCCGAUGAUGGUAGGGGUUCCUCACCAUGCCGUAGUGUGAAUCAGCUUGGUCGACGCGGCUCCUACAAGACUUCCAGAGAUUCGGACAGCGGUCUGGGCAGAUCGACGCCUCCAAGACGCGCCGCCAGUCCAGGUAUGGGCAGCAUGAGACAUCUGACUUCACCUUCGGGUCCCGGGUCGCUACCACCCGCUCUGAUGACGUCGAAGAAGAGGAUCUACGACGACGGCAGCAGUGACAUCAGCAGCACACCUAGUUCUAUGAUGGACUACAACGGUCCGAGGUUGUAUAAACUGCCGAUAGCCAAGUCGAAUCGCAACAUAAUGUUGAACGCCGUGGAAUACUGUGUCUUCCCCGGCACGGUGAACAGAGAGGCCAAAUCGAGGGUCCUGGAAGAGAUUGGCCGGUCCGAGAGCAAACACUUUCUCAUCCUGUUUCGGGAUGCUGGCUGCCAAUUCCGCGCUCUUUAUUCUUAUUGUCCCGAGAGGGAGGAAGUAGCCAAGCUGUACGGUACUGGGCCCAAACAAGUCAUCGAUAACAUGUUCGACAAGUUUUUUAAAUACAAUUCCAGCGGAAAAUGUUUUUCGCAAGUUCACACGAAGCAUCUGACGGUGACCAUAGAUGCCUUCACGAUACACAACAGCCUUUGGCAAGGUAAAAAGGUGAACUUGCCGAACAAGAAGGACAUACCGCUCGUCAUAUAGUUUUACACAAGUGGUCACACACUUAACAUUAUGCUACUGUGCCCUCUGUUGUUCAUAGUUACUAUUUUAAUACAGGCCCAUAUUAAAUUAAUGCGAAUACGUUGCGUUUUCUUAGUCAAUUUUAUAAGGACAACUGAUCGGUGCUGACCCCCGAAUAAAGAAAUAAUUAUAUCGACGCGCAAAUCCCGCGUUUCACGCACGUCAUUUUCGAAGGGGGUAAAAAAUACUGAAGGAUCGUUGUCACACCAGAAAGAAUGCGUUUCGUUUUUUUUUUUUUGCAUUAUCUGUUUUUCAUUGAGUGUCAGCAUCAAUCACUGUGUCAUAAGAUUAUCUACUUAUAAGUAUGGUUUGUUGUCAAUACAUCUCUAAGGUACAUAUUUUCUUUAAUUUUGCGGACUAACUCUCGUCAUGUAACCGCCUUGUAAUCGUGUAAACCGCUGUAUUACGACUGUGUAGGCGUAUGACUCUCAUGGAUAAGCGCGUGAAAGCUGAUUUUUUUCAUAAAAUUUAUUUUACGGGACGAAGCGAAAAUGAGGGAGGAUGGCAACGAUGCAGCUUGUGUUCUUGUGCGUAAUUUGCAAUUCGCAUAAGUCUCUUUCCAUCCUUCGCUAAGGCUAAGGGUUCUAAAUUAUCCAAUAAUUAUUAUCUAGUGUUGUAUUUGAAACUUUUUAAAGAGUAUAUUAAGAGUAUAUGAUAAAUAUGAACAUGUGAGGGAUCAUUAAUUUUUAAAUGUAUCUUGUGCGCAAAUCAUGACUUUAAACUUGUUUUUAUUUUCUGUAUAGUAACAUGUAAUGCAACCUCGCAAAAUAUAACUUUUCUCUUUUUAUAUCAAUUCCUUUUUUAAUUGUAAAGGAUGUUAUUUUUUUUAAUAUACAUAUACUUGUUCAUUAUAUUUGACCGAUUGAGAUACUCGUUAGUGCUCAAUGCGGCUUGAACGGACGAAGUUGAAUUAAUGAUUUCUCAUACAUUUCUCGCCGCUGACGAUUGUACCGUUUAGUGCGAUUUUUCCAAUCUCUCCUUUUUUAUUUCCGCCGAGAGAGAAACCCUUGCUAACAAGAUUGCGAUGGAUGCAAACGACGACAGUUCAUGUAAAUAAGUUCGUUGCAUAAUUAGUUGAACCACUGAUGAAAGCCUUACGGUAUAUCCAGGCGUGAUACAUACGUUGAAUCCGUUUCUUCCGGCGAGUGAUCACUCGAGCUGCGACAUUGUGCGUUUCAACUCUGUAAUGUAAAAAAAAAAGAAACGCAUGUGAUGUGUGCGCGCGUGCAUUAAUUUAUGCCUAUGCUGAAGAUUUAUCGCAAGCGAUGUGUUUCGUCGAACGGAUUUAGAUAGUUGUCAUUGUGUACAGAAAGUGGAUAUUUGCGUAAGUAUCGUUGCCGCACGGAAAAAGUCGAAGGACCGUCGGGAAGGGAAAGUUCGCAGUGUUUUCUUUUCCCUCCUGAAUACGCUUCAAUUUUUAUCGUUUUGUAAGAGGAAAGUGGAGAAUGGAUGCCGUGUAAACCGUGUUUUUUUUCCCGUAUGUAAUCUUGUGUGAUUUCGCGAAAGUUCAUAAGUUCCCAACCAUGCUCUGCCUUCCUCAAAAGUGAAAGGAAGAAAACAAUAUGAAGCCUUAUGUUAUGAACGAUGUAAUUGGACUAAGUGCGUAAAAAUAUUUAAUGAAUUGACAGUCUGAUUUUUCUUCAAACCGUUUCUCGUUUACUGUACAUUACGUUUUCCCCGUAGAAUUUACCGACAACGCGACACACACAUACCCCGCCGUCUCUCAGCGAAACUUUAGUCAGUCCGAGCGAACAGAGAACGCGGCGGUCCGUAAUUUAUCGGAGGAACUAUUAUAAUUUAUUGUGCCAUAAAUUCGAUGUUCGCUUUUCGUAUAGGACUGGCAUUGGCUUCCUAUCUCGCUGAACGGACUUUUUCAGUCGGAUAUACGUUUCUUUCAUUAUAAUGUUAUAGAGAGGAGACGAAGCUAGAGAUAGGUAGAGACAUUCAAGUAGACAUUUUAUACGACAAUAUCGAGGGUCUAUCGUUUGUACGAUUAUUUUCUAUCUGGUCUUGCGGGAUCCCAUCCCAACAAACGACGUCAUGGACGCUUCCUCUAGGAUCAUUCUCUGAUUAUUUUGUACGAUAAGUUUUCGACUCGGUACGAACAAUCUUGUCGAGUAUAGAUAGACCCUCCAUAUUCUGCGACACGGCGUAACGCAACGUUACAGAAUUACAUUAUUAAUGAUAUGAUUACAAAUACAACACGACAUAUCGAAAUCCCGUGUUUCUCCGAUAGCUGAAACUGCGGAGAGAUAAUUUAUGUAUUUUCAAUUCGCGUGGGAUGUCAUGGUUAGCUUGACGUCGCCCCGCGUUUCGCCGUUCGACCACGUGUAAUGAGAGACUUGAGAUAUUAAACUCCGUCUAGAUUAUAAUAAGAAAGAGAAAGCGAAAGAAAGGAAGAGAAGUUUACCGUUCUAUAUCCGUAUCUGUUGUAAAUUUAUCCGAAUAUGAUGCUAGGGAGAAAGAGCGAUAAGAUAGAGAACCUUAGACUCAGAAACAGUCCGACCUGACAAUAUCGAAUGUGAGGUACGCGCCAUAAAGAAAAAAGAGAAUGUGGAAUCCUUGAGAUGGAAUGCGGUAAGUCCAUGGUGAUGUUUGAAAGGAGAGUGAAAAAGAUAUAUGAAUUGAUUGCAAUUAAUAUAUAUAAAUAUAAAUAUAUACAUAGUCAUUAAUCUUAAGAGCCAGCGAGAAUAAUGGCUUGUGGAAAUGGGAUUGAUUACAGAGUUAUGACGUUAAGAGAGAUCUCUCGAUAUUGGUCGCUUAUGCUUGAUAUUUAUAUUUUUUGAAGAAUAGGUAUUAUUAGUGGGCUGAUGAAAAAAAAGACUUGGAUGCGACAAUUAAAUAACAUUUAAACAAAAAAUGGGAUAGACCGAGACGAUGAAAGGAAGAGAGACGGGAAACCGAAGCACACACACAUACACAAUUGAAUAUCUGCGGCACGAUGUAAAUUUGUACGCCGCAGUUAAAUCGCGCUUACUAAUAAUAAUAAACGAUUAUUGUUACGUAAUAA